GCCUGCUUCUUCUCCCCCGGAAGUGACGUAGGCCACAGCAGCCUACGCAGCAGGGGCUGCCGGAUCGUUCGAGCUUCCAGACCUACCGGUCCAGGGAGUUAACUCCCGUCCACGCACCAGCGCGCCGUGCACCACAUAACCCACUGUGAUGUCACGUAGCACCACCCGCGCUCCUCUUGUUCGUCACACGAGAAAAGACGGGUUUCCAAACGGGUUUUGAGGGAGAAGCUUGUCGUCAUGUCGCUGCAUUCGGAUUUAACCGCAGUCACUACGUUGGGGAUUAUGUCAACAGAGACUCCAAUGGACAUGCAUCCCCUGCUAUUGUAGUACAGCAGAAAAAACCACGAUGGAUUAUCGAAGAAAGAAGAAGUUCACCUUCUUCACCAUCGGCCUUAUAUUUCUUCUAAGCGGUGUGGAAUAUGCUGUAAUAUUGCCCACAAUAUGGAGGUACCUGCAGACGCUGGAGGCUGCACCCUACUUCCUCGGUUUGGUGUUGUCGGCGUUCAGCCUGAGCGGCCUCCUGACCGGACCGCUGUUCGGCUACUGGUCGGACCGAUCGGGGACCACCAAGAAGAUCAUCUUAUUUGCCAACUGUUUUGAGAUAAUUGGGAAUUUCAUGUACUUUAUGGGCUUCUCCAAGUGGCUGUUACUGUCAAGCAGACUGGUGGCAGGUAUCGGCACUGGUGCUGGCUCCUCUAUCUUUGGCUUCCUGACCAGAAGCACUUCCCCCAAGGACCGCGCCACUGCCUUUGCUGCUGUCAUGGCAUGUCGACAGGCUGGCCUUUUGAUUGGUCCUGCGUUUAACAUCUUCCUGAGGCUGUGUGAUUUCAACAUGGGUCCUUUUGCCGUCAAUAAAUAUACUGCGCCAGGGUUGUUCAUGUGCCUCAUGUGGACUCUCCUUCAAGUGGCGGUGAUCCUCAUGUACUGGGACCUACCGCCUCUAGAGAAGGGCACGGCCAAGCGAAGACUGACGGGCCAGACCAGGGAGGAGGAGACUGAUCAGGGGCUCGUGGAAGAGGACGACGGCGAGGAAAAGCCGCUAAUGGGGUCGCAGGAGGUGGGCGGGUCCUACGGCUCGGUGGUGGCAUCCAACCCGCCGGGACGCGACCCCCCUGGCGCCUCCAAUGACACUUUAAGCUCUCCGCCUCCCUCUCCCGAGCCGCCUGAGUCCCAGGCGCCCUCCAGCUCCGUUAAGACUGUCAGCAUAUGCCGUGAGUUCCUGAGGGAAGAAGUGGUUGUGCUCCUGGCUGCUCAGUUCAUCACCCUCUUCAAUCAGACCGCUCUGGAGACCAUGGUGACUCCGAUGACCCAGAAGUACUUCAGCUAUGGGGAGCUUGAGAACAGCGUCAUGUACUGUCUGUGCGGUGUGGAGGUGAUCGCCGGCUUCCUGUUUGUGCGCUGGCUGAGUCAGCGUGUUGCUGACCGAGUGGUCCUGGCCAUCGGUCUGACCAUUUGCAACAUCUCUGGUGUCUGGUGCCUCAUCUUCUUGGCUAACCCACUAGGUAUGUUCCAUUGGCAGCUGACUGAGUUCAUCAUUGGGGUGUUUCUGCAGGUAUUGGGUUUGCCUUUUGUAGCGGUGGCUCAGGUUUCCCUCUUCUCCAAAAUUACCUCUGAGAAAACACAAGGUUUCAGUCAGGGAGUACGUCGCUCAGUGGGGGGUCUGGCCACCAUCCUGGGCCCUCUUUGGGCUGGUGGCCUUACUGAGAACAUGUAUAUCAUGCUCGGGAUGAUGAUGGCGCUGCUGGCACUGCUAACGAUGAUGCUGGCUUUCUCAUAUAGCCGUCUAGUUCCACCGGCUACAGAGGAGGAAGUGGAUGCCUCGGAUAACUGUGGCUGAGCCGAUGCAACAAAAGUGGAUAUUGGAAGGUAGCCUUUUACGAACAUAACAUAUUUUGUAGAGGAAAACAUUGAAAUAUGUUCAGGAAUCCAAAACAUACAACGUUACUUGUAUUUAUUUAUGCUCAUGGAUUUUGGACCUCUUUGUUUGUAAUAAUAAAUAGAUGUGUUCUUCGCAAAAGAACAUCUGUCGUCAGAUAACUUCCGGACUCUAAAUAGCAGCUUUGUCUGCCACCGUACUGCCUCUCAUCCUGUAUUUCACAAUGGAGGAUUCGCUGUGCUCUUAGAGUCCCUCCACAGUUUAACUUUUUGCAUCGUGUCCAGCGUGCAGGGUGACACCAAUAGCACACGGCUAACUUCUUAGUUCACAUAGUCCGUUGAAAUCAGCGCUAUGGUGGUUUUGAAAUGGAGAAAGAGCUUCCGCCCUCUCAGCCUUACUAUUAUGGGUAAAGUUGCACCUAGAACAAAAACAUAGACGUCAUCUGAUUUCUUAUUUUCUUGUUUCACCCACUGAGGCACGUCAACUUGAGGCUUGGCAAAGUCACAGGGGUGACACCCAUGGCACAAACCUAACUUCUUAGUUUAUUUAGUACAUUGAAAUAUGCAGUCCAAGUUCUGGAUGAAAAAUUGUGCACGGGUAAUACAAUUGGUGCAUCACCAAUUGAUAAAUAACCCUCUAAAUUGGUGUGGAUUUUGAUGACCCACGCUCUUGAAUUGUAGGAGAAUAAAUGAGCUGUUAGUAGGUUUAUUCUUCAUUUUGUAGAACAGCAAUUUUAAAUGAUUAAGCCUUUGGAAAGGGAUGCUCUUAACUCAAUUACUAAAGGUUUUUUAAUGUACAGAAUUUUUUUAAUGGAAUCGGCUUUUAUUUUAAACUGCUUUAUUUUCUGUACAUUUCAUUGUAAAAUAAUGUGCUUUGUUGAUCAAUACUUUUAAAGGAGCUUCUACCCUUGCAGUGUGAUGAGUCACUGUCUAAAAGAACUACUAACACUAACAUUAAACAAUUGAAUUGAUCGUUCGUUUUAUCUACUCUGUAUCCUGAGUCGUUAUUGUUCCAUUUGGAUGAAAAUGCUGCAUUUAUAACCUCACAGUUAUACACUUCUCAGGGAAAAACUCCAUGCAAUGGAAGUUAUAAUGUUUUAUGGUUCUGGCCUAAAAGGCUGACAAAGUAUAAAAUAAGUUUCUUGUUUAAAAUGAAUUCUAAUUGUUUGAUGGCGAUGCAGUACAUGUUUUCGGCACUAGUGGGCACUCUUAGUCUUUCAUCCAAAGUAAAUCCUCGUCUUUCCUGCUGAGGCAGCCGCUUGUUGGACCUCUAGGUAGUUAUUUUAUUUUCACAAUAUCACAAACAUAAUAAAAAUGUUUGGGAUGAAUUGUUUCAAAUGUAUUAUACAUUAAUUAAUUAAAACCCCCUUUGGCCCAGAACAUGUACACACAAAUUUGGUAAUGAUCCUUACCAAAACCAAAACGAUUACCUUAUUUUGCACUACAAUGUCUUGUGUUUCAUUAUUUUCUCAAGAAACAGUGAACGUGUGUGUCACAGUAAAACAUAAAAGCAUGUAAAAUGUAAAUGUUAAUUAUAACAUUACUUACAAGAGAAAUAUACAGGAAUAUAAUAUAUUGCUUAUAAAUACACUUUUAUUUAUUUUAAAAAUUAUUCAAGGUCAUUUAAGAGUGCUAUGUGUAAAAGAUGCAUUUGCUAUCUCGGGACAUGAUUUAAAAAUUUAAUUUCAUUUGGUGUGGGGUUUUUCACCUGAUUUUUUUCAGCAAAAAUUAAAUUAUUGUAUUUAUUUUAUUUCCUUUCUGUUAAAAAUCCCAAUAUGUUUAUAGUCAUUCAAAUAUAUUUUGUACUUUUAUUUUCAGUUUAUUUGUUCAUAUUUUCAGUAUUUGUUUCAUUGAGCAACAUAUCUUUUGAUU